AUGGAUGCGCCUACUCCUACUUAUACUUUUGCUAAUGGUGUCCCUACUGAUCCUCAAGUUCUGAAAGUCUAUAACGGUUUGAGUAGGGUCCAAAGAGCCAUGUACGAUACAGCCGACGACCAGGGGAAAACUAUUCUCUUGGCUGCAGUUGCGGAUGAAAAGAAAAAACCGCGACACUAUCUUAAUCUUGUUUAUGCUGUGAUCAAUUUACUUUCCGUCAUCGGUUUUAAUAUCUGGAGUCACUUUCAAAGACGAGGCGGUGAUCAAGAUUUUAUUAAAUGUUGGAAUAAUUAUAAGCCUGAACAAGAUAUGCGUUAUUUAUCAUUGUUCAAUAAUUACUGGGAUAGUGUUGGCGGUAGCGGGAGGCCUAAUUUGGACGUUGGCAAAUACCGCGAUUUCUUUUAUAGGAGUUGGGAUAUU